AUGUCAGUCAGUCGAUACUAAUCACUUCACGAGCAAACUUCCCUGAGCUAGGCGACUACGUCGAGUGACAACAGCGUAUUUAGUGUGAGCUAUCUAGUUGGAUUAUGGGAUUGAAACUGAAAUGGUUCCGGCGACGAAUCACCUUCGAAGGAAUUCCGUCCGCUCCUGAACGUAACAUUCGUAAAAAAGAGCACAGUACCGGUAUCACAGUUAUCGGAGUUUAUCGAAGAAGCGUCAAUUACGAGGAUUACGUUGAACCGACACGGUCAUCCUACUGGGAGCCACCGAAUCAACCAAUUGCUACCACAACAAUCAGAAAACCUACCACGUCUACAACAAUUGGUUCACCGACAACUAGUGCCAACAAAUCAUCUGUAAUAGGUACCAAACGGGCUAUUGAUAAGAUAACACCAACAGCAUCGGCAACGACAGCUGCUAAAGGGCUCUACAAUGGGCGAAUUGAUACACCCCCGCAACCUUCGUACUCACCACCACAGCCACCAGCCAGGCGCGGUAUUCCCAAGACAAAAUCAACUCCCAAUAUUUCAACAAUAGAGCACCAAAGUACGUCCGUUUCAACGCACCGUUUAGAACCCGUUACCCGUUCGAUAGAAGUGCUCAAUGAAGAUAUUUGGCCGGUAACGAAUAAGCACAGUCCAACUACACCGUCGCCAAGAUCCAGAGGAGUCACUCAUAGUUCAACUCACCAAGAGGACAAAUUAAACUAUGCCAGAGAGGAACGUUUGGAUGACACCUUUGAGCAGGCUAGCAGUAAGUCCCGAUCACCAACGAAGGUGACUAAGAAGCUGUUGAAUGAACCCUCAACUUCUGUCAAAGCAGUGUAUAAUCAAAACGACAGUCCGAAAGGAAAUGACAUCAGUCGACAGCCGGAGUUCUUCAAUGAAAUUCUCGAGAAAGUUAACGAUUUGGCACUCGCAGCGAGAUCUCCGGAUAGCAGCCGUCAAAACAAAGCAAUAUUACAAACUCACAGUGAUCUAGCCAUACAAGACCCGUGGCAACCCCACGACGAAGAAGAAACAUUCGACGAUAUCUUUGAAAAAGUGAAAACUAAACCAAGACUACCAACCGAGUGUUCAAGCCCGUCGAAAUUCAACCCAGUAAUAGCUAGCACUUCAACUACCAGUCUAGAAGAUAUUUUCGAACCACGAACUCCAGAAAUUCCUCUAAUCGACAUCGAUCCCAUCAGCGCGAACCCUGACAAGGAUCCUUCAGAUGAUGCGAAACCUUUAAAAUCAAUACUGAAGAAACGGGCACCUGCCCCACCUUCACAACCGCUCGAGCCGCCCAAUCCUUUAAUCCCGUCAGUGGUACCGAUUCCUCCACCACGUUCCAUCCGCAAAGAAGCACCCGCCCCGAACAAGUCAAAUACAAGUGACGAUGAAAGUGACGACUAUCUCAACUGGAACCUAGUGGAACGGCACCGAUCAAGUAUCAACCAUACGGUAGCUGGUCAGGUAGAUCCCGACAUUCUACGAAACGUCCCAAGCAGUCUUCAACAGUCGACUGUAGCGCGAUCCCAAUUCGCAAAUUCACGGGCAAUUGAGGAAGCAGCACCGCGAACGCUUAGAGGAAUGCGGAAUCAACAGCAACAGGAUGUACAACAAUCGACAUCCGAUGGUUUGUUUUUGGGUAUACAUGCGCGCAGUGCUCGUGACAGUGGAUCAAACCUAUCCGAAGCGUCUGCAUAGUUAGCUAAUCUUAUCAAACUCGGCAAUAAAUCAG